UGACGUUUUCUUCCUUCCUCGCGGAACACAGCAGCGUUUAGGCUACAAAGUGAUCAUGUCAGGUGCUGAAGACCUUUCAAAUGAGUCUGUAGAUCUGAAAGAAAACAAAGAGUUUGAUGUAGAGGCUGAAGAAAACCUCGAAGAUGAUUAUUUUGUUGACCCGACCCGAUAUAUGUUUUACAGGGACAGAAAGGAGUGGGCUGACCUAGAGCCAGUCCCUCAGGAUGAUGGUCCCAGUCCUGUAGUGAAGAUCGCCUACUCUGAAAAGUUCUCCGAUGUGUAUGACUAUUUCCGUGCACUCUUGAAAAACGAUGAAAGAAGCGAUCGGGCUUUCGCCUUGACAGCAGAAGCAAUCGAGCUAAAUGCAGCCAAUUACACAGUUUGGCACUACAGGCGAGUGCUGCUGCAAGCCCUAGCAAAGGACCUUAGGGAGGAGAUGAGGUACAUCACGGCCAUCAUUGAGGAGCAACCCAAAAACUAUCAAGUCUGGCAUCACAGACGUAUGGUGGUUGAGUGGCUGAGUGACCCCUCAGAGGAAUUGGAGUUCAUUGCAGACAUUCUCAGCCAAGAUGCCAAAAACUACCACGCCUGGCAGCACAGGCAGUGGGUCAUCCAGGAGUACAAACUGUGGGACAAUGAGCUGGAGUAUGUGGAGAAUCUUCUGGACGAUGAUGUGAGGAAUAACUCUGCGUGGAACCAGAGGCAUUUUGUCAUUUCUCACACUACAGGAUUCUCUGAACCUGCAUUAGUCGAGAGAGAGAUUCAGUAUUGUCUGACCCAGAUCAAGAAGGCUCCCCACAAUGAGAGUGCAUGGAACUAUUUGAAAGGGAUGCUGCAAGACCAGGGUCUGUCGUCCGCGCCGGGCCUGCUGGAGAGGGUCCUCGAGCUGAAGGAGACACACUGCUCACCCUAUCUUCUUGCUUUUCUGUUUGAUUGCUACGAGGACGCCUUAGAGAACAGCAAUCAAAAGGAAAACAAGUCAGAUGAGGAGCUAAAGGAGACUUUAAAAAGGGCACUUGAAAUUUGUCAUCUGUUGGCCCAUGAGAAAGACACCAUCCGUAAAGAGUACUGGCUGUUUUUGGGACGUUCUUUAAAGAACAAACAUGGAGCUGAUGAGCCGGAGGAACCAUCGGUCCCAGCGUCGGGGCAGCAGGAGAUGAGCUAAACCACCGGGUCACCAAGCGGCUGUUCUCACUUUGUUUCAACACAACUUCCUGUUUGCUUAUGAACCUCUGUGUUUGACAGCAGACCCUGUACUGAUAAAGCCCCGUCAGUUAUUCCAUGCAUACUGAAUUCAUUAUAGUGUCUUAGAGUGAGGGGGGGUUCACAUCUAGCGUUAUUAUCUGUUGUAAGAAAACAACAUCUUUUCUCAUUGUUAUGUUGUGUUGUGUUGGUUUAAAAAAUAUAUAUAACUUAAGUCAGUUUGGUAACCGUGCUAUUUCCUGAGGACACUCAUUGGUCACUAUGAUAUAUUUCCCCCAAAUCAAAACAAUAAUAAAGAUAUAGUUUGGUGGGUUGUGAAAUGGUGUGACAUCAUGGGAAUUGCUGUCUUUACCACUAUUGCUGUUUUUGCAGCCAGCUUCUCAUGGUUAGGAUGUCUUCAUUGUUCAGGGGGAUAAAAAUAUCAGUGUAUGGCUGCUGCUAACUGAUAACUCUGAUAACUUAAAGCCAAGCUGUCUAAUGUCCUUCAUCCGGGUUGAAAUUAUAGUAAAGAAUGACUUCAGAUGUAAAAAGUGUAAAAAUGUGGUUUGAAACUGGUUAAAAAGCAGACAACAAAAGAGAUAACAGCUCUAGUUCUUUGACAUUUUAUUGCCAAAAGGAUGAUACCUUUAACUCCAAAAACGACUGAAGUGAAGCAUAGUCUGCAUGUACCACUCUAGGGCAGUGUUUGGUUGUGUUGUGACAUGUACUGUCAUUUUGUUUUAAUGGAGGAGUACCGAGACAAAUAAAAUAAAACAGUUUGCAGUAAUA